AUGCCGCCUACAGAGCUACUCAACCUUACUCAUAUCGUCUCUGAGGCCGCCCAGUCUAUUGAUCAGUUCAUCAACGAGCACGGGGAUUGCCUGUCUUUCAAUCCUCAGGCUCCAGACCUUCCGCCCCUAUCGCCCGAAACAGCUGCAUUUCAUAGGGCCCGUAUAACUCUUUGUGGCGCCGCAUCAAAUCUGAUUGACCUGACCCUGACGGCACGGGAGUCAGUGGUCUUUAGAUGCUUUAACGUCCACACAGCAUCUGCCCUUCGGAUCGCCUACAGAUUCAAGCUCGCCCAUGCCGUACCUCUGGAUGGCAGUGUAAUAUAUGAUGUGAUUGCUCAGAGAGUCAGAUUGCCUGCCACCGCAGUUGAGCGUGUCAUCGCUGUUUUGAUAAGUAGCCAUUUCUUCCACCUGGCACCUAAUGGUAUUUCUCACACCCAACUUUCUCACUUACUGGCGUCCAAUGAACGGUUUGAGGCCUUUUUGGGUCUGUGUUUUGAGGAAGUGUUCAUUGGGAGUACUCACCUUGCCAACGCUCUGCAAAUAUGGGGAGCUAGCAUAGAACCUAAUGAAACAGGUUGGAAUAUUGCCAAUGUUACCCAAAAUAUGUUUUAUCAGCAUCUGGAGAGCGACACAUCAUCUUCUGAAUGA